AUGACUCAAGGCCCAGACUCACCACCAACACCGCUUUACAUUAAGGCCUCUCAAGAACUCGGCCUGAUCUCCUUGUGGCAUUCCCCACGCGAUGCAAAAUUCCUCUGCGCGCAACGGUUUGUCCGCUUCUUCGCAUACGGCGGCUCGACGCUUGUGCUCGCCUCCUACCUCUCUGCGCUGGGCAUCUCCGACGACCGUAUCGGUCUGUUCAUGACCCUGACGCUUGUUGGUGAUGUAGCGAUUAGCUUCUUUUUGACGCUAUUUGCGGACUCAAUAGGCCGCCGUGCGGUCUUGGCCUUGGGAUCGGCGCUGAUGGUCGGCAGUGGUGUUACUUUUGGGCUUGUUGGGAAUUUCUGGAUAUUGCUUGCUGCGGCGGUGUUGGGAGUUAUUAGUCCGAGCGGCAACGAAAUCGGUCCCUUCAAAGCAGUUGAGGAGUCAUCGCUCGCGCACCUCACCCCUGAUGCGCUCCUCCGCGAUAUCCUCCUGUGGUAUACCCUUCUCGGAACCGCGGGUGCCGCGCUUGGCGUGAUGACCUGUGGUUGGGCGGUCAAUCUGCUCCAGACGGAGAGGGGAUGGGAGUUCAUCCCUGCUUGCCGGGUUAUCUUCUUUGCGUACGCGGGUAUCGGAGCCCUGAAGUUCCUCCUCUCCGUGACGAUGAGCCAGAAAGUCGAAGCCGAGGUGAAGACCAAGACUUCAAAACGGGCGAGCCGAGAGGAUACUGAGGGCGAUGAGAGUGGCGAGACUCAGCCGUUGCUGCGUGAUAGACCUGCAGAGCAGCAGGAGCAGCAGGAGCCUGAGCGGAAAUCGGUCCUUGCCUUCAUUGGGGAUCGAAAACUUGCGUCGCUUGUUAUUCGUCUCUUUAUCCUCUUCGGUGUGGACUCAUUUGCUUCAGGGCUUGCUUCCUUGACCUGGAUGACCUACUUCUUCAAGCGCAAAUUCCUCCUCCCCGAAGGCACCCUCGGUUCCAUUUUCUUCACAACAUCCAUCAUCGCUGCGGCAUCAAUGUUCAUCGCUACCUCUCUCGCAAGACGCAUCGGCAACAUCAAAACAAUGGCCUUUACCCACCUCCCCUCCGCUCUCUGCCUAAUGCUAGUACCCGUCCCCAACUCCCUCCCACUAGCGCUUACAUUCCUCAUCCUCCGCUCUUGCAGUUCAAACAUGGACUCGGCGCCGCGCUCGGCCUUCCUGGCUGCCGCACUGCCCGCGGACAAGCGGACGGCAAUCAUGGGCGCCAUAAACGUGGUCAAGACAUCGACACAGAGCCUGGGGCCAUUGGUUACGGGUAUUUUGGCUGAUAGGGGCGUUUUUGGGGCGUCGUUCAUCCUUGCGGGUGGUCUGAAGGUGAUGUAUGAUUUGGGAAUCUUGGCUAGCUUUUUGAGCAUGGAGAGGGAAAAGGAGAGAGAAAGGGAGGCCCAAAGUGAACGGCAGAGGCGAGAAGAGGCUUGA